CGCUUAUAAUGCAGAGCAUGUGAAGUCAGAGCCCUCAGUCUCCUUCUCUGCCCGUGGAUUAGCAGGAGCAGAGUGUCAUGCUGUUUCUCCCACUCUCCCCAGCCUACCGGAGGUAAAGGAACUCUGGCGGGAGGCCCUCCGAGGGCAGAGUCGAGGCCACACUGGAGUGAAAUUCAUCACUGGACAGUCAGCCAAAAUUCUAAUGAAGUUGAUAAGCAGCUGCAAUGCUUCGAAAACACUAAAUGUGAAUAAUAUGGAGACAUUAAUUGAAUGUCAAUCAGAGAGCGAUAUCAAGGAACAUCCUCUAUUGGCAUCAAGUGAAAGUGAAGACAGUAUUUGCCAGCUAAUUGAAAUUAAGAAGAGAAAGAAGGUCCUGUCCUGGCCCUCUCUCAUGAGAAGGCUUUCUCCUUUGUCAGACUUUUCUGGGUCUUCGGAGACAGAACUGAAAGUGUCACUAUUUGAUCAACCAUUGUCAAUGAUCUGCAGUGACGACGACACACUCCCCACACCCAUUCAGGAUAUUCUCACUAUUCUAUGCCUCAAAGGCCCUUCUACUGAAGGGAUAUUCAGGAAAGCAGCCAACGAGAAAGCCCGCAAAGAGCUCAAGGAGGAGCUCAACUCAGGAGGCGUGGUAGAUCUGAAAAGUCUUCCCGUGCACCUGCUGGCAGUGGUCUUCAAGGACUUCCUCAGAAGCAUCCCGCUGAAGCUGCUCUCGUGUGACCUCUUCGACGAGUGGAUGGGUGCCCUGGAGAAGCAGAGCGAGGAGGAGAGGAUAGAGGCCCUGAAACAGGUUGCAGAUAAGCUCCCCCGGCCCAACCUGCUGCUGUUGAAGCACCUGGUCUCCGUGCUCUACCUGAUCAGCCGGAGCUCCGAGGUCAACAAGAUGGACGCCAGCAACCUCGCCAUCUGCGUCGGACCCAACAUGCUGACCCGAGAGAAUGACCAAAACCUGUCGUUUGAAGCCCAGAAAGACUUGAACAAUAAGGUUAAGACGUUGGUGGAAUUCCUCAUCGAUAACUGCUUGGAAAUAUUUGGGGAGAACAUUCCAGCACAUUCCAGCAUUGCUUCUGAUGACUCCCUGGAACACACUGACAGCUCAGACGUGUCGACCCUACAGAACGACUCGGCCUAUGACAGCAACGACCCUGAUGCGGAGCCCCCCAGCGCCGCGGGCUCUCCCAGCAGGCUGGCCCAGGUGCCCGCGGGGACCUUGGUGGCCAGGGAGCCUGGCGGCCCCCGCGCCUGGACGUCCCGCCGGGAGCCCGUGGUCGGCGCUGCAGCCAGGUGGAAAAGCUCCCUGGGCGAACCGGACCGGAGGUACUCAGAGCCCAGCAUAGCUUCCUCCCAGGAGUGCCCCGAGGGCGUGAAAACGAACCCCAAACUCACACGAAGUGAGGAUGACUUCACCCGGGCCCGGCCAGGCUCCCGGCUGGGCAACGAGGAAGCCGAGGACCCAUUUCCAGAGGAGGUGUUUCCUGCGGCCGAGGGCCAGACUCCGAGUCCAAGGGAUCUGAAGGUGAAGCCCUGGGCCCCGGGCGUGGUGUCACCGUGGGGACUGGCUCCCAAGGCCUGCUCAAGCGGCUCCCUGGACGCCUCCGAUGACAGCUCCCCUGUGGCUUCCCCUUCCAGCCCCAAAAGAAAUUUCUUCAUCAGACAUCGGUCUUUCACCAAGACCGAUAAAAGCAAGCCCAGCAGAGAAAUCAAAAAACACUCCAUGUCAUUCUCCUUCGCGUCUCACAAAAAAGUGCUGAGCAAAACGCCCAGCUUGGUGUCUGUGAGAGCCAGAGGCUUGGGCCAGGACCAGGCGAGGAGGGGCCCUCGGAAGGAAAGCCAGCUGGCGGGCCGAGUGGUCCAGGAGCACCUGUCCGAAGCCCAGCACUGCCCAGCUCCGGACGCCGGCGCCAGGGCCUGUGCCCUCUCGGCAGAGGACGUGUUCUGCCUGGUUGACCAGAGAAGCCCUGGAAGCCCCCCGUCCUACCAAGAGGCCAUUCGGUGCCAGGCCCUGGACCUGGCCGCCUGCGGGAGCCAGACAGUUGGCAGCAUGCGGGCCAGAAUGCUCAGCCUGGACGCUGGGCCGCCACCUCCCCUUCUGCCUUUUCCCCACGGAGGGGACUCGAGAAAUAUGUGCAGUCCAGGGACACCAGACUGGCACAGACUCUCGCCCAGGACCGAGGGCUGGAAACAAAGCGGGACUGGCUGGGCUGCUGUGGGAGCAACAGGACAAGGGACUGUCAUGGCGAGGCCCGAGCUGCACCGGCCGAGAACUGUGUCCGAGUCCAGGCAGAAGGACAAGUGGGACGGCCUGGUGCGGCGCUGUAGUCAGCCGGUCUUCGAGGCUGACCAACUCCAAUACGCCAAAGAAUCCUACAUCUAGGAGGGCGGGCCGGAGGCCAUGACACAGCUCGCGGUGACCACAGUGCGUGACUGUUUUCAAAAAGUCGAGAAUAAGCUUCGUCCAAGAGGUUGCGUAGAGUCCUCCCGGAGAGGACACUUACACAACUCACGUGGUGCCUGCGUGCGCCUGGAUUCAUGGGACAUGUAGCAAAUGUAUAAAGUGUAUUCUAGAAGAUAUGUUAGGUGCAAAGAUGUCUCCAUAAAUAGGUGUCUAUAUUUGUUUGUGAACUUGGGGUAAACUGCAUCACUGUUCUCUGCCUCCUGGAGCACUUUUCUACUGAUUUAGUGUUUAAAAAUAAUUUUUUCUCUUUUUUUUUUUAUGUUGCCUCAAAUGUCAUGUAAAUUUUCAUAUUUUCCACAAGCUCCAUUUAGGGGCAAAUAUUCGUAACUCUGUUAGAAAUUUACCCUCCUAAUGACCGCAGUAAGAAGAAAGAAAUAGACUGCUAGCAACAGAGUUUAGUGUCUGGAGUCAUCAAGGGUGUUACAAAUUCCAGUAAAAGAAAAGGCCAUCGUUAAAAAUGUAUGAAAGAUACUCAAAUGUGUCCUUUUAAUCACCUAAUUUUAAAUGUGGGUAGAUUAGUGAAAAUGCAUUGCAUCAUUAUUAACUGGUUUAUAGCACUUUGAGUUUUUGUAGUUCAGGGGUGUCUUUGCCAGCAGCGUACAGGAAAUUACUUUAUAUGCAUUGAGGGUCACAUAUAAACUUCAGUAUAAUCUCACUACAAUAAAUUGCCUGCCUUAUUUCAAAGUAAACGGGUGCGGUCUUUGCUGACAUGUUGCUUCCUUUCCUUCUGUUCAUAGAAACCCACCAAGAAAAUCAUUCACACAUCAGUUCAUUCAACAAGCAUUUAUUUGAAUGCAUAUAUUUAUUAUUCUAGACUAAUAGGCAAAGCUUGGGAACUUGUGUUCCAAAAGAGAGAACCUCUGUUCUCUAGAUAUUUGCAAAACCAUGACGAUGUACCCACUUCUAGCCAUUUUUUCGGCAAACAGUCACUCAAGGUCAGAAAAUUUAGAAUACA